GGUUGUCUUAUGCAAAUUGGCUGAGUGGGCAGGAUUCAGGGGUUGGUCUAUAGCUGUGGGCAGGAUCAGGGCAUUCCCUCCAAGCACCAGACACCUGACUGGACCCGAAGCCACUGUCCUUCCAUGAUGUGGCUCUGUGCUUUGGUCCUGAUCUCCCUCACGGCUUGCAUGACUCAGGCAGGGUACCCAUCCUCACCACCUGUGGUGAACACUGUUCAUGGCAAAGUCCUGGGGAAGUAUGUCCACUUAGAAGGAUUCACACAGCCUGUGGCCGUCUUCCUGGGAGUCCCCUUUGCCAAGCCUCCUCUUGGAUCCCUGAGGUUUGCUCCACCAGAGCCUGCAGAGCCCUGGAGCUUCGUGAAGAAUGCCACCUCCUACCCUCCUUUGUGCUCCCAAGACCCAGCGGCAGCACAGACAAUCGCAGAGCACUUCACCAACAGAAAGGAGACGAUUCCUCACACGUUUUCUGAGGACUGCCUCUACCUAAAUAUUUACACUCCUGCUGACUUGACAAAGAGCAGCAGGCUGCCGGUGAUGGUGUGGAUUCAUGGAGGUGGACUGGUGAUAGAUGGAGCAUCAACCUAUGAUGGACUGCCCCUUGCUGUCCAUGAAAAUGUGGUUGUAGUGGUCAUUCAGUAUCGUCUAGGCAUCUGGGGCUUCUUCAGCACAGGGGAUGAACACAGCCGGGGGAACUGGGGUCACUUGGAUCAGGUGGCUGCACUGCGCUGGAUCCAGGACAACAUUGUCAACUUUGGGGGCAACCCAGGCUCUGUGACCAUCUUUGGAGAGUCAGCAGGAGGCGAACGUAUCUCUGUUCUUGUGUUAACCCCACUGGCCAAGAACCUCUUCCACAGGGCCAUCUCCCAGAGCAGCGUCAUCCUCAAUCCUUGCCUGUAUGGGAUAGAUGCCAGACCCAUAGCUAAGAAAGUGGCUGCUCUUGCUGGCUGUAAAACCACCACGUCAGCUGCCAUGGUUCACUGCCUUCGCCAGAAGACAGAGGAGGAGCUUUUGGAAAUCACACUGAAAAUGAAAUUUGCCUCUGUUGACCUUCACGGAGACCCCAGAGAGAGCUAUCCCAUUCUGCCUACCGUGAUUGAUGGAGUGGUGCUGCCAAAGGCACCAGAAGAGAUCCUGGCUGAGAAGAGCUUCAACACUGUGCCCUACAUGGUGGGCAUCAACAAGCAAGAAUUUGGCUGGAUCAUUCCAAUGUUUCAGGGCUUUCCACUCUCUGAAGACACACUGGACCAGAAGACAGCUGCCUUCCUCCUGUGGCAGGCCUACCCCAUUUUUAACAUCACUGAGAAUCUGAUUCCUGCGGCUACUGAGAAGUAUUUAGGAGGGACAGACGACCUUGUCAAAAAGAAAGACCUGUUCCUGGACUUGAUGGGAGAUGUCAUGUUUGGUGUCCCAUCUGUAAUUGUGGCCCGUAAUCACAGAGAUGCUGGAGCCCCCACCUACGUGUAUGAGUUUCAGUAUCGGCCAAGCUUUGUAUCAGACAAGAGACCCAAGACCUUGAAAGGAGACCACGGUGAUGAUCUCUUCUCUGUAUGGGGAGCCCCAUUUUUAAAAGGGGGUGCCUCAGAAGAGGAGAUCAACUUCAGCAAGAUGGUGAUGAAACUCUGGGCCAACUUUGCUCGAAAUGGGAAUCCUAAUGGGGAAGGGCUGCCCCAUUGGCCAGAAUAUGACCAGAAGGAAGGCUACCUGCAGAUUGGAGUCCCAACACAGGUAGCCUAUAAGCUGAAAGACAAGGAAGUGGCCUUUUGGACUGAGCUCAGGACCAAGGAUGCAGCAGAGAGUCCAACCCAGAGGGAACAUGUUGAGCUCUAAUCAAGAGGCCCAGCCAGAUUUGAGAGCCUGGAACCAAGAAAGAGGUGUUCCUCAAAGACUUUUUGCUUGUUGGCUUGUUUGUUUGCUGUACAAAACAAGGCAUCUUUCUGUUGAUUGUAUAAACAACUUGAUAUAUUGUACAGACGAUAAGAGGAAAAUCUUGGUCUUUGUGCUCUCAGUUUUGUUUUUUUUUUUUUUACAACAGUGCAAAUCAUAACUUUGUAAAUCAAA